AUGUCAUUUUUUAACUCAAAAAUCCUUUUCGCUGUUCUCAUCAGCGCAUGUCUUUUGCAAUUUUGCAGUGCCGUCCCCAUGACCACAAAGGUUGGGGCUAACGAGCGUCAAUGUCUUUAUGCACAGGUCGAUCAGAUUGAUUCUAAAGUUGGCUUUUACUUUGCCGUCCAGAGCGGUGGUUCUUUUGAUAUCGAUGUUACAAUUAUUGCUCCUGAUGGAAAGAUUCAGUACCAAGAACCCAAGGAAAAGCAAGGUGAAUUUAGUUUUAGUGCUUCCAAACUUGGAGAAUACCAAUUUUGCUUUUCCAAUGAUAUGUCUACAUUUGCCGAAAAGUCGGUUGAAUUUGAAAUUACUGUUGAUUCUAGUACUCUCAAGGCUGAGCUGCCAGCCAUUUCUGGGGAUUCCACUAACAAAGUUGAACAAUCUAUUUUGAGCAUUGAGUCUCGUGCUACGAGCCUACUUCGUACAAUUCAAUACUACAAGACUCGCAACAACCGCAAUGAAAGUACUGUCAAGUCUACUGAGUCACGUAUCGUUUUAUUUUCACUCUUUGAACUUGCGCUCAUGGUUGGUAUGUCGAUUCUUCAAGUUACUGUGGUCCAAUUAUUUUUCAAAGGAUCUAGAAGAAACUUUGUUUAA